AUGGAACAAAUGUCAGUGAAUAAUCGCAGUCCCUCGAGAAUACCGAGGAUGAAUUGCCAGUGUGGCCAUCACAGGGUGACGAUCCCCUGUCCUGCCACUGCUGAUCCAAAAUUGAAGCCCAAAUGCUGUUAUUGCAAGAAGAACCGGCCAGAUAGAGCGAAAUCUUCGGAGAAAUACUUUGCAGCACAUGAUGAAUCCACGGCAGAGGAGCCGCAUGCCAGUAACCCUGGAAUUGCCGAGAAUGCGGCUUCUUCAGGGAAAGUUACAUUCGGCCAGCCGCGAAAGGAAAUUUUCGGUGAAAAUCAUAACCAAGACGAUUUGGAGAAAAAUUUUAAUAUUUUAAGAAGUGAAAAAGAAACUCUGGAGACUAGCAGAGCUGAUUUGUUGGGUCAGGUGUCUUCUCUCCAAGAGCAACUGUCGAUGCUUACGACUGAACAUAAAUCCACAGAACGUGAAUGUAAGGAUUUGAAGGAACAAAUUUCAAAACUCACAGCUGAGAAUAAAUCCAUGAAACGCGAGUGCGAGGAGUUGAAGGAGAAAAUCUCACAGUUGGCGAUCGAAAAGAAAUCCUUAAGACGCGAAAGUGAGGGCUUGACGGAUAAAUUAAAGUCUGUGGAGGAGAGGGAGGAGAGGAAGAGCUCGGAAAUUGCUAAUGAGGUCCAGAAAUGGAGGAGCAUGAUUAAGGAGACGGAAAGUUCAUUGACUAAUGAGAAAAACGAAUUGAACACGAGAAUCGUGGAAUUAACGAACACAGUGAAGGAACAGAAGAACAAAAUAACAGAGCUGACGAGCAUUUGUGCGAAGCAGAAAUCUAAAAUUGAGGAAACUGAGAAGAAAUUCUCUUCAAAGAGUACUGAAUUAUGUGAUGUCGACAAAAGGCUGAAAUCGAAAUGCUGUGAAUGUAAAGAUCUUCAGGAAGAGAUAGAGAAUCUCAAACGUUGUUUAAACGAAGAAUCAAAAGCUGCGGAUAGUUUCAAGAAAGAAACGGACCACUGUAAAGAGGACUGCAGAUGUGAAUUAUUGACGAAGGAAAAAAUCAUUGAGAAUCUGAGAGAAAAAAUAAAAAAAAUAAAAACCAUGAUCAACGAUCAUGAAAAAAAAUCUCAGCAAGCAGCUCGAGAAUACGAGUCCUUAUCCGAUGAACUGUACUCAAUAAAAAAAGAGAACAACGAAUUAAAAAUGAUCGUAGAAGGAACAGUCCAGGAUUCUGAUUCAAAAGAAUGCCAUCAAUGUCGAAUUCUGAGGGAACAAGUCAAGUGUCUUGCUGAACGUAAGCAACAGGCUCUAAUAGCUGCCAGAUACACCGCGAAAAAAUUAUGCGAGACAACAGAUGAGUUCGAAUCGCAAUUGAGCUCCGAAAUACAACAACACGAAUUUUUAAUGUCGAUUUUGAAACAGAAAGACCAAGAAAUCGAGUGUCUGAAGAAAGAAAUCCGCUACUUGAGAUUAUGCAAAUGACGAUAGAUAAUAUGAAUAAGAGACUCACCUCCUCUUAAUAACACUGAUUAUUCUUUGAGAUAAAUAAUUUUUUAAUAAUAAUUGCU